GAUCAAGAGAAGAAUUCGCCAAAUGAGAAAAACAUUUUCAUCUCUCGCAAUUUUUUUAGUUCCAGUGGUUUCAAAAAUAAUGCGUAACAUAAAAGUUAUUUUUUUAAUACUUUUUUAUUCUGUUGACAGUUAUCCUCAAGGGUUACCUACAGAUACUUGUGAUACAAUAAGUCCUGUAAAAACUCCUUUACAAGUCAAUGAUUCACCUUAUGUUCUUCUUCAAACAGCUCUUUCUUACAAACCUGGCCAAGUUAUAAAUGUUAAUAUUCAACGUCGUUCAACAGAUUCAACAUUUGAAGGAUUUAUGGUUCAAGCUCUUGAUAAAAUAUCCGGCAGGUACAUUGGUCGUUUUUUGGAGGCAGAUGGUUUAUUUCCUAUGGAUGAAUGCUCAGCAGUGAUGCAUAGAGAUACAAAACAAAAAUCCGGUGUUCAUUUAGCAUGGGUAGCCCCUCUUAACCAAAGAGGAGAUGUAAUAUUCAGAGGAAUUAUAAUUGAAAAGAAAACUAAAUUUUAUGAUGGUCUGUUAUCACGAUUGGAACCACAAAGAACUAGAAGAAAAUUAUUUUAAUUUGAAACUCAAAAAGUGUUAAAAAUAAAGCCAUGUCCUU